AUGGCUUUGGUUUCGUCUCUCCCUUCUUUCUUCCUUCUCCUCCCUCUUCUCCUAAUCCUCCAUCAACCUCUGUUGUCUUCUGCAAAUCUUUACGAAACAAAAGCCCUUUUCAGAUCAGUAGACUUCAGUUCUAAAGAAGAUGCUUCCAAUGCCAAUGAGUUCAUCUCGACUUCAUCCAAUGCCACCCUUCCUCCAACAAGAUUCUUUGAGGUCACAAAACCCAUUGAACUUCCCAAGACGAGACCUUUCACGUACCUGAUCCUUCAACAUGAUUUUGGUUCCACUUAUGGGAAGCCACCGGUUUUUGCAAAUUACACCCCACCCACAAAUUUUCAGUCCCAGAGAUUUGAAAAAAUUGUUCUUGAAUGGACUGCCACUUGCAAAGGGAGGCAAUUUGAUAGGAUUUUUGGAGUUUGGCUCAGUGGGGUUGAGAUUUUGAGGAGUUGUACUGCUGAACCCAGGCCUAAUGGGAUUGUUUGGACUGUUCAGAAGGACAUUACCAGGUAUUAUUCUCUGCUUAUGUCUAAUCAAACCAUGGCUGUUUAUCUUCAGAACAUCAUUGAUAGUACUUAUACUGGGGUGUACCAUGUGAAUGUUAGUAUUCAUUUUUAUCCUGCUGAAGAAAAACAUGAUCUUGGUGGUGGGCUCAAUGUAGAUGAUUCUGUGAUUGAAUUUAGUUCUGAGGCUGCUGAUUUGAUACUGCCCAUUUCGAGAGAUUUGCCUUUGAAUGAUGGUUUGUGGUUUGAAAUUCAGAAUUCUACUGAUGUGCAAACAAAGCAGUUUAAGAUUCCUCAAAAUGUGUACAGAGCUGUGUUGGAAGUUUAUGUUUCAUAUCAUGAAAACGAUGAAUUCUGGUACACCAAUUUGUACAAUGAUUACAUUGCCUUAAAUAAACUUAGUGGAGUCCCGGGGAAUGGACCUUUUAGAGAGGUAGUUGUAAGCUUGGAUGGUGUUGUGGCCGGUUCAGUUUGGCCUUUUCCUGUGGUUUAUACUGGGGGUAUCAAUCCUUUGUUGUGGAGACCAAUCAGUGGUAUUGGUUCAUUUGAUCUGCCUUCUUUUAACAUUGAGAUUACUCCAUAUUUGGGCAAUUUAUUGGAUGCCAAGACUCAUGCUUUCGUUUUCAGUGUUACAAAUGCUUUGAAUGUUUGGUACAUUGAUGCAAAUUUGCAUCUUUGGAUAGAUAAAAAGAGUGCGAAGACAGAAGGUAAACUCAAAGAACACGAGACCCCUCCUUUAACCAUUUCUACAUUGUCGAAUAUCAAAGGUACUGAUGCGUCGUUCUCCAGUCAUAUUAGUAGGAUCAUAACAUCAUCAGGAUGGGUGAAGUCUUCUUAUGGUACAGUCACCACGAAGUCGAUUCAAGUGUUGAACUACACCAACUUUAUGGUUGUGGGAAAUGAGGGGAACAUGCAAAUUGUGAACCAGACUAUUGAUUAUAAUGACAAGGUCACAGUUAAGAUGCCAUCUUCCUCCCAGAUGUCGUUUGCAUCCCUUAAGAAUUUUCCCCUUUACUUGUACACUGACAGUGUAGACCAGAAAAAUGGAACCUAUAAUUCUGUGUCAAAUAUAUCUCGAGCAUUCAACGAGAAGAAGAAACUAAUAACUGAUCACGGAGUUGCAGCCAGCUCUUUGAGGAACUUACAGCAGGGAGAAAGCACUAUGCUUGUGAAAGGAAAUUUGGUGCUUAGUGGACUGGGGAGUACUAGGCAAGUGUACAAAUAUGAUGAUAAUAAGUUCUGCUAUCUCAGGAACAUAAGCAGCUCAAAUUACACAAUUCUUCACGAUAAAGUGAGAGACAGUUGCAGCAGAAAAGUGCAGAAGCUGCACUUGACUAAUGGUCUCGGCCAUCAUCUAAUUUGA